UGAAGCUGCAUAUAAAAAGUGUUUCCCUUCACUUAUUUCUCAGCUCAGCUCACCUCUUUAGUUUAGUCUACUAGCUUUUUCUUCAGACUAUUUCUCUUUCGAAGCUGUACAUAAUUUGAGCUUCCCUUCCCUUCCCUUCUUCCCCUCACUCUCCUCCCUCCUCAACCUUAGGAUAAGAUGAAGGUUGUGUUAGGAAGUCCGGGGACGAAGACGGCAUUCUGUUUAAGGUUGGCACAAUGUUUGUUCUCUGUUGCAACAAUAAUCACAUUGGUGGUUUUGGCAAAUCAUGGGCACGUCUCCCCCAAUUCUGCUUUCAACGUUUUAUCAUUAAUUAUGGCAGUUCAAGUGAUAUGGAGUUUGAUCGUCAUUGUUGUUGAAGUCUGGGCUAGAGUGAAAAACAAAAACCUUCGUAUCCUUGCGAUAGUGACCUCUUUUGCUGUUUUUGACGGGAUAUUUGCUGUUUUAUCCCUCGCCGGUGCAUCGGCAUCAAUGGCAAUUGUGCUACACUAUUCUUUCGAUAACAAUCGAUGUUUCCCGGUUGGGGUCAUUCAUUGUUUCAAGUACCAGAUGACAGUAGUUUUUGCCUUCGGGUCGUGGUUCUUUACUGCGUGGUCAGCAUAUGCCAUGACAUUCAUGGUGUUGGCAGAAUACCCUAUGUAGGUUAUUACUUAUUAAGACAUAUUACAUACUUGGAAUUUAAGUGUAUUAGAGGUACACAAACCUAUUUUAAUGUAAGUAGUAUGCAUGGUUAAUGUAGUGCAAUUAUGCCGUUGGUAACAUCGCGUGUUUUAGGCCUGUUUUAUUGGAUAUUUUUUUUAUCAAACUAGUUAAUUUUCAAAUUUUAUUUUCA